UACAGAAUUACAACAAUUUAUAUAAUCUUCUCAGUCGGCACUCUGAAAGGGAAACUAUCGCAUACAAAUACAAAAUAAAGAGCAAACAUAUUGAGCAGAUCAGAGCACCCAAUCGUCUAUCUGUCUCAGCCCAGUCUUGUCUCGUCCAUUUAGUCCCCUCUGUACAGUGUGUUUUCUUUAAUUCUUUAAUUCUUCAAUGCUGCGUUCUGUUCGAAAUUUCAAGUUUUUUUCAUGGCGUUGCGUGCGUCGAAGGUACGCCGUAUUGGCCGCUUCGGAUCGGAGUGACGUCCAUCUAGUUCUGCCAACGGUCCUGUCCUCCGAGUUCGCCAAAAGAAUUCAACCGCUCCCAGUACCCGACCUGAUCGAGAAGUUUUCCCGCCACUCCCCCGGCGGUCAGUUUGCCACAAUGGCCGAUCACCUCCACAGCGAUCCGAAGCCCAACGCAGUUAUGGUGCCGGAAGAGAUCGUCCUGCACCGAAAAAUGACUUUGGAUGACCUGAACGCUUAUAUGCAGGCAAAGGACGCGUUUAACGAGCCCCAAAGGAAAAACCGGAUGUUUGCGCACGUCCUUGUGGUGGUCGGAGCUAAUUCACUCGGCAGAUGCCCUCUCCGGCAGAAAUGCGAGUUUCUCUAUCUCUGCGACUGCUUAAGGCCAGGAGCGACCCUGGUACUCCACCGCAGCCGAAAGCGAAAAUCUGGAGCGUUGCUGUUUCUUUCCGGGGAAGUGGACUCGCAGCUGUCCACGAUUUAUAGCCAUAUGCACCACGUGGACGAUGUUCUGCCCCUAGCCAUGCUAAAGAAGAGUUUGCUGUGGCUGCUAAAGGAUCAAUCUCCCGAGCUUUGGCACUUCCUAGAGCCCUCGAGUCCAGUCAGCCGGAUAGUGAAAGAGGCGGCCGAAGAGGCCAAGAAGCCUCUUAGCAACCCCCGGUACAUCCUCCAGUACACACGCACCGUAAAAACCUCGCGGGAGCUGAGUGCCCUUCGUCGGGCUAACGCUAUUGCCGCAGACUCCAUGGCUGAAGUGAUCGCCCAGCACCAGCGCAUUCCCAAGGAGCUGGCUAUAUCCUUCGACUACAAAUGCCGAAUGCGGCACGCCCAUCCGAACGAGUCAAAGGUGUCAGGUGGGCCAGAUGGCAAUGGACUGUGGCAGAUGGAUGCUGGCUGCCAGUACGGAGGAUAUCAAGGCGGACUGGCCAGGUGCUGGCCCAGCUCAGGCCGGUUCACGCCGCCUCAAAAAAUGCUUUACGGUGCUCUGCUGGACAUACGGCGCGAUCUGUGUUCGUUGAUUCAGUCCACUGGAAAUGAAGGUGCCGUACGCACACCCCUGGAACUGCACGCCGCAUACCUAGUUCUAUUGGCGCGCCACCUAAGGGAGCUCCGGGUGUUACCCAAAGGCGACAGGAGUCCAGCCGAGACUGUCGAGGUGGCUCGCAAGUACAACUGUACGCCAGUCGUCGUCUCGCACAUGGGACUUGAUAAACAAGACACCAGUCGGAGACUCCUCGACUACCCAUUCGCUCCAGGGAACGUGGUGUCGCUGCGCCUGUCCAUCUCCAUUCCCGACGACUGCUGUCAGGCGUAUCCCGAGUUCAGGGGCACUCUUUGUCAGCUCGGCGACACCCUUCACAUCCGGGAUGACUACUCCGUGGAGGUGCUCACUGCCCUCUGCCCUAGCGAGUGCCAGGCAAUUGAAGCAGUAUGCUUACCUGCCAGCCGGGCCAGAUCCCCACGUGGGGAUGUUGUGGGCAGAUCAGCGCGGAUCUGGUGAUAUGCGCCGGCUGAAUGACCUCGCUGGGGGUGUCUGAAAACCCACCCACCACAACAUAUAUAUUUGUGCUUUUGUAUCGUAAAUAUUAAAACACUAUUUGUCAUAAUUAGACUUGCUUUUGGGUGAUUAUUAUAUUAUCCACUAUUAUCCAUA